AUGCCAAGCGAAGUCAAACCUCGGAUUACAAUUCUCUAUGGGUCUCAAAAAGGUCAAGCCCAGUCCAUAGCUGAAGGGAUAGCUGAAGAGGCAGAAGAGCACGGACUACUUGCUGAGCUCAGCUGUUUGGAUCAGAAAGAUAAGUACAAUUUGGAGAAGGAGAAGUCCCCGGUAAUCUUCAUUGUGUCUACUACUGGAGAUGGAGAGCCACCAGACAAUGCCCUACAAUUUGUCAAGCAAAUAAAGAAGAAGAACCUCUCAUCCAAUCACUAUCAACACAUUCACUAUGCACUUUUAGCUUUAGGAGACACAAAUUAUGAAAACUUUUGCAACUGUGGCAAGACAAUUGAGCGACGUCUACAAGAACUCGGAGCCCAGCAGUUCUAUGCAACAGGCUAUGCAGAUGACGGUGUAGGGUUGGAGCUGGUUGUGGACCCCUGGCUUGAAGGACUGUGGAAAGCUGUCAAAGCAGCGUUAGCAAAUAUGGAAUCUGAAUGGACUAUCAAAGAGGAUUCAGAGAAGACAAUUACCACUUCAUCCACACCGGAUCUCCAGCUAAACUUACUAACCAUCACUGACCAUCAGACUCCAGUUUUGGACCCUGAUUGUGAAUCUACUGGUUCAGUUCCUACCCUGAAUGUUUCAUCCCCAUCAGUUGAAAGUGUUAAUUUAACCACAUUACCAGCAGAGAGACCAAAUGUGGAUUCUGGAAUGCCCAGUGCACCUUCACUGUCACGCUCGGUGCCUCCACUAUCUGACUUGUCUCUUAAUGUCCCCACUCUUCCUCCAUCAUUUCUUGACGUGUCUCUUCUGGAAGUAGACACAGCGGAUGAGAUUUGUGCACCAUUAAACAGCGAAACUCUCAAUAAGGUUCCUAUAUCCCGUGCGGUUCGUUUAACAUCAGGGGAGUCAGUCAAGACAGUCAUCCUUCUUGAGCUUGACAUCUCUGCGUAUCCAACGUUGACCUAUCAACCUGGGGAUUCGUUUGAUGUUUUCUGCCCGAAUAGAAGAUCUGAGGUCAAGCAAUUGCUCCAAAGAUUGAGCCUUGAAGAGAAGAAAAAUCACCGUGUUCAAGUUUCUCUACUUGAAAACACAAAGAAAAAAGGUGCUCAGGUGCCCUCAUACCUACCUCAGUACAUUUCUUUACGGUACCUGCUAACAUGGUGUCUGGAGAUUAGAAGUGUUCCCAAGAAGGCCUUCUUGCGAGCACUGGCUGAGCAUACAACAAACAGUGUGCAGAAGAGAAGACUGCUGGAGCUUUCUAGCAAACAGGGCACCGCCGACUACAACCAGUUUGUGAGAGAGUCGAGCCUCAGUGUUUUGGAGCUUCUUGCUGCCUUCCCAUCCUGCCUGCCUCCCCUCAGUCUUCUUAUAGAGCAUCUCCCCAAGCUGCAGCCAAGGCCUUAUUCAGCUGCGAGCUCAUGCCUUCAACACCCAGGCAAGAUGAAUUUCGUCCUGAGCCUUGUCGAGUUCUCGGCAUGUUCGGGUCGUCCUGCGGGGAGGCGGGGCUUGUGUACAGGUUGGCUCUUUGACCUCGCCGCCCCUGUCCUAGUUCUCCCAGGGAAGGGUGAACCGCAUUGUGACACGGCCCUGCCGCAGAUCCAUGUGAGUUUGAGACCCAACUGCUCCUUUCGACAUCCACCAGACACAUCCGUGCCUCUCGUAAUGGUUGGACCUGGCACAGGUGUAGCACCCUUCAUUGGCUUCCUCCAGCAAAGAGAAAAGGAGAGGCAGCAGAAUCCUGAUGCAGUGUUUGGCGAGACCUGGUUGUUUUUCGGUUGUCGCUACAAAGACCGAGAUUACCUAUUCAAAGAGGAGCUGGAGGGCUUUGUGUUAAGUGGUACUUUAGACCAUCUGAAAGUAUGUUUCUCUAGAGAAGACCCCAAGGAAGAGGACACAAUCAUCUCAGGAGGAACUCCCAAAUACGUCCAACACAAUUUACUACUUCACAGCCAGAAGAUCAUCAACAUCCUGCUCAAGCAAAACGGUUGCCUCUAUGUGUGUGGGGAUGCCAAGAACAUGGCUAAAGACGUAAACGACUCCCUGAUAGAGAUGAUCAAGACUGAGCUUCAGAUAGACCAACUGGAGGCCAUGAAGCAACUGGCUAGCCUGAGGGAGCAGAAACGCUACUUGCAAGACAUCUGGGGAUGA